CAGUUAACAUAUUAUGGAGGAACUCUUACAGGAAAGUUUAUGUUGAUAAACAAAUAUAAAGGUUUGACAGCAGAUGGUGAUAUCGUUUUUGACAUUUACUUAAACAUCAGGAAUAUUUUAGUAGAACUUCAGACCCUCGUGAUUUGGUACCAUGUGUCCCAGAGUUAUCGUCCUUGUUCUAGUCAUCAGGUCUUGCUCUCCGCUACCCAUAGACUACGAUGUAACGAUUCCGGAACAAAACCUUGGCGCAGAACAAAUUCAGUCAAACGGCCACAUCGAACAUCUUAUGGAUGGAGAGACUUUGGUGGAGGGAGACAUUAUAAAGAAACACCAGACAUCGUCUCACCAGUUUCAAACGAGAAUGGCUGUUAAGGACAUCAAUCUUGCUUGGACAGGACGGGUGGUUCCUUACAUCAUUAACACGACCGGAUAUACGGUAACGGAGCUUACAGCUAUACAAAAUGCCUUGAAUACUAUGGCGUCACUUCUUCAAGGCUGUGUCACAUUCAAAAGCAGAACCAACGAAAAAGACUACAUAUCGAUACAGAAAGGACACGGGUGCUAUAGUUCUGUCGGGCGACAGGGUGGGGAACAGAAAGUGUCCCUGGGGCCUGGCUGUACUGUCAGGCCUGGGACGAUCUACCACGAACUGAUGCACGCCCUGGGGUUCUGGCACGAACACACAAGACCGGACAGGGACACCUUCAUUGUUGUUAACUAUCCCAACAUCAUCCAGGCUCACGUGUCUGACUUCACGAAAAUGACCCCGGAUGAGGUGAACAUCCUAGGGGACUACGACUAUACAUCCGUCAUGCAUUACUCCCCGACAACUUUCGCCAAGGACAAGGCCAAUCCCGAGGGACGGUCUUUUACGGUGAAUAGAACGUGGAACAACCCGUUUCCGGAGAUCAAAGAGAACAUAAUAGGCCAAAGAAACGAUCUUUCAUCACUGGACAUUCAGAAAAUCAGAAAACUGUAUAGAUGUGAAAUAAAACAGUGCCAGAAUCCAGAACCUCUCCGAAACGGCAAAAUUGUAGGACUUUCCGAGAAUGGAAAGACUGACGUAGGCGUUGCCAUUGACUACUCCUGUAAUGAUGGUAACAGCAUGAUGGUUGGUCCUCAGAGGAGAUUUUGUAAACUGGAUGGCAGUUGGUCAGGAUUUCAACCACAGUGUUUGAAUCCUAAAGCAGGUUUUGUCCACUAUUGUUCCUUUGAUUCGAAAACACUUUGUGGCUGGACUCAGGACCCCCAAAACUCGCCCGUCGGACAAUGGACACUGAAUAACAAAGAGACAGAGACGGAGAACACUGGACCCACCCUGGACCACACCACAGAGGACCACAAUGGGUACUACAUUUACAUGGAGAGUUCUUACAGACAGAAAGGAGAGAGAACCAGACUUUUGUCACCAGUUUUUCACUCAAAAAACAACACGGGCCUUAUGUGUCUCCAGUUAUAUUAUCACAUGCAUGGUAAAACCAUGGGAACCGUGAACGUGUACAUUCAGAACGACAGACUUACCCAUACCUUCCAAUCCUGGACAAUCACGGGGGACCAAGGGUCACAGUGGAACCUUUUACAAAAGAAUUUUACGAACCCGAAUGUUCCCUUCAAGGUUGUUUUAGAGGGUGUUGUAGGACCAAAUUUUCUCAGUGACAUUGGAGUUGAUGACGUCAUCGUUAAGGACUGUAGUCUAGGACCAGGGGACCGGAGCGAAAAAACAGGAGUCCACGAAUGUAACUUUAACACCGGUCUUUGUGGUUGGUCUCUGGAAGUUCUGGAGGGGCUGGGCUGGCAGAAUAACUCCGGGGAAACGCCCACCCUCCUAACCGGACCGGAGUGUGACCGCACAGACUGUCUUAAUGGAGUAUACAUGUACAUGGAGACUUCCGGAUUGAGUGCACCAGGGAGUGAAGCAGUGAUAAGGUCCCCAAUUUUCCAGAGCACUGGGACCCACUGCUUGACGUUUUUCUACAAUAUGUACGGCGCUGAUGUUGGGGAACUUAGGGUAGAAAUAAAGGAAAGCGACAACACCUCCACACUGUGGAGAAAGCAGGGCGACCAGGGAGUCGGCUGGCACAGUGCCAAUGUUCCGAUAUCAAGCCACGAUACAUUCCGGGUUUUGUUUGUCGGACAGAAGGGUAUGGGGUAUCGAGGCGAUAUUGCUAUAGAUGACGUCACAGUUGCCCUAAAUGAAUGCAAGGUUGACGCUUCGUGCGACUUUGAACAAGAUUUAUGUGGGUGGCAGAAUGAUAAUUUUGAUGACUUUGAUUGGUCGAGGAUGAAGGGUUCUACAGCUACACCCAACACUGGACCAAGGGCGGACCAUACCUCCUCAACGGGCUUCUACUUGUACAUCGAGACCUCGGCCCCUAGACUGAGCGGGGACGUAGCUCGUAUCUACUCCCCCUUCAUCAGCAGCUCGUACCCAGUGGAUUGUCUGGUGUUCCAUUAUCACAUGUUUGGCGAGCAUGUCGCUCAUUUAAAAGUACUCAUCGAAACCAUCGAAGGACACGAACAAUAUGUAUGGAAGUCUUUCGGUAACCAUGGUGAUACAUGGCACAAAGCCACAGUUCAUAUUCCUCAAAUGCAAACAGAUUAUCAGAUUGUGAUAGAGGGCGUCGUUGGAGAUUCCUAUACCGGUGAUAUAGCAGUAGACGAUAUUACGAUGUACCAAUCGUGUUUUGAAUAAAAUCUUUAUAUAAAUACACAAUAAGUUAUUAGGCGGAUCGAUGACAAAUUGUAAGACCACAAUGAACUCGAUGAUUAAAAAAAAGGACGCCUAGGGGCCACAUCGCUCACCAGAGCAACAAUAGCCAUAACUGAUAGGAAAAGCUUUAAACCGUCUUUAGAGAAUCAAAAACAAAACAUCUAGACAACUUCGUAAAGUAUAUCUCGUUUAUAAACAUUUGCUUUUUCUCUCGACAUAUUCUUAGGUUAGAGAUUUAGCUCCUUUUGAUGCUUAAGUUUUUGAAGAUAAAUUCUUAAAAAGUUUUCUAUCUAAUGUAAAACUUCCACCCCCCCCCUUUCAUUGUCGUCCCAUCCUUUCCCAAGGAAUCAUUUGAAUCUACCUUACCAUAGGAUACUUCCGCACAAGUAAAUGGCUGAUUGGCCUAUUGGUUUUUUUGAAUAGAACAAUUUAAAAGAUGUUUCUUUAUAUUUUCCGACCCCCCCCCCUCCAUUCUGGAACCCACCCUACCUUGGAGAAGCAUGGAGAUGCUUCCACAUGAUUUCAGCUUUCCUAGUCAAAAGGUUUUUGAGAAGAAGAUUUUUGAAAAAUACCAAUUUAUUUUCAAUGGUUCCAAAUUAUCUCCCCUUUAAAAGGAAUCUCGCUCUUUAUUUAAACAAACUUAAAAAGUUCUUCUCUCAAAGAUGCUUUGUGCCAACCAAUUUUGAUCAGAGAAGCUCACUUAAUCCUUCAGCUCAGGUGAGCUAAUAACGGACGCCCAUGAGCCUUAUAACUAACCUUAUUAACACAAACCAACAAAAACAAGUUUAAGGUUGUAUGGACAUCUUGAGAAAUAAAUGUGGGUAAAAGCACAUGUAAAAUAUAAUUUUUUUUUCAUCUUUUUUCCCCGUAAGGCAAAUAUUGUAAAAGCCAAAUCGAGUUUAAAACUCACGACCUACGGAUCAGUAUCUGACAAUUUUCCCGAUAAUUUUUUGUAAAAGAUAGAAUUUAUAAUAUUCAUUUCAUUGUCAACUUCGUAAGAAAAUACGCACCAAUAUAGAAUUAAUUAAAAAUCAAUGAUAAUUCCACAAACUACCUGCUUGCAUAUAGAAUAUAAAGCCGCCAGAAAACUGUAGAUUGCACACCUGAUCUUACAAAUUAUACAGAUCAUUUUUUAUUCAGAGCCUAGGUACCGUAUAAAGAAACUUUACUUGCUCAAACUAGCUUGCUUUUAUAUCAAAAUCACAAAUCAUACGGCAUUUGGUGUGUUUCUAACACAGGUUAUUGACUGGACAACACUUGGUCUACCAUAAAACAAUGUGCAAAGGGGAUGCUAAUUAAACCUCUGAUCCACUGGGUUUCAAAUGUAUAAGAACAAGACAUUUUCUCAUACAAGCAUUUUAAAAAAAAAAGCUUUCCUAUUCUUUGCCUAGUUUUCGUUGAAUAAGUAUUUUUAAAAAAUGACCAACUAAGAGUGACGUUUUAUGAUGAAAAAAUGGUAAUCUGUAACAAUUUACACACUGCAGACCCUUUAUUCUAAAUUUAAUGAAUUAUUAUCAUAAGGAUUUUGACAUAUUUACAAGUAAAACACCAGGUAACCGUGAUGGUCCUUUGACUAAAGGGUCAAAGGUCUUGUAUAUACCAGAUAAGAAUACUUUAGCAAAAGAAGAUGCUGGCUUUUGUUCAAGUAAUAAGGUUUCUGAGCACUUUUCCUUAUUUUAAACACUUAUCCCCUCCUCUACAUUAGACCUUUACUUGAACAAACUAAAUAACCCUUCACCUUGCCGAGGUUGCUUUGCGCCAAGGGUGCUUGAAAAUGGUCAAAAGAUUCUUAAGGUGAAAACUUGAAAAGUAAUGACGUCACGGAGGUACACUAAGGAAAUCAACUGAGGAUAGCUAAAAUAAACGCCACAUUAUACAUACUCCAUCAAGGCUGCCCUCAAUCAAUGUAACUACUGGAUUCAAUUAAGAGAUGGCCUUGGAUGCAAGUAAAGAUACCCUCUAUUCUGAUAAAUAAAUCUGCCAGCCAUCAUUGUAUAAUAUAAAUUAACAUAUAUACAUGUAUACCAUCUGUUAAAGAUGAUUUUUUUGAUCUCUUAAAAAAAGGACGCAAAUAGUUAAGGAGGCAGGUAAGUGGAAAUAUUGAAAUGAACUAACAUAUAUACAUGUAUACCAUCUGUUAAAGAUGAUUUUUUUGAUCUCUUAAAAAAAAGGACAAUGCAACAUGUACUUAUAUUUUAAUAUCUAGAUACACUUAAAAUUGAUCUCGAGAAUUUACUUUUAAAAAUAAGAUUUUUUGCAACCCAAGACGUUUCAGAGACAUUAUUUAUAAAGAUGUACACCCUUAACUCAAUCAAAGGAACGUGUUAGAUGUAGUCAGAUGGACUUUCGUUUGGUCAAUACUUAAAGGGCAUGUUCACGAUUUUGGUCAUCAAUUUUUAUCCAAAUUUUAAUGUACGUGUAUCUAUAUUUACAAUGUUUCAGUACGGUAAUUUUCUAAUUCUCAUCCAAAAUUUGAGUGUCAGUCGACGAGUUAUUGGCGAGAUACAGAGCGUACAAUUAUUUCUGAUGUAAAUAAACCUCAGGUGAUGUUUUUGUUUACAUUUUGAAUGAUGAAAAACAAAUUCUAGGUUUAGACCUAACAUGAGUGUGGCAAACGCUAGGAACUGUUUCUUUACGUUUCAAAACGACUGGUACUGUGAGCAAGGUCACAAAUGAUACCCCCCCCCCUCGAGCAAAUAAGAAAUCUUAAGUACUUAAUUAUUUCACAAUCGGAAAGUAAAAAUGCACCAUUUUUCUUAUAGUUACUUUAAACUUGAACAAAUCUCAAGGUCAAGACAUAUUUACAUUCUAAUUCUUUUCCAUUAGUUUAGACAGAAAUUAUGCAUUUUUUUUAACCUUGAACUUGCACAACUGACCCUGGAUCAAGUUCAUGACACAUUCUCGGAUCAGAAGCAAUUUUUAUGAGAUCAAGGACAUUCCAAUGGUUCUCAAUGAAAUAUUGAACUUUUUCUUCCAGUGACCCUGAACUUGUCCAAAUGACCUUGGAUCAAAAUCAUGAAACACCUUCAGGUCAGCAAUCUUUAAGUGAAGUAAAAACUGCCUAUGUCUCUCCAUAAAAAAAUGAACCGGACACGAAUUUUGAACAUUUUCUGCUAAUAACCUUGAACUUGCCCGAAUGACCUUGGACCAAAUUCAUGACACACCCUCAUGUGAUAAGCAAUUGUGUGAAUGAGGAACUUCCAAUGUUUCUCCAUUAGAAGAUACGGACUGGAAAAGAUUGCUCAGACGGACAGACCGAUUCCUAUAUACCCACCCCCCCC